AUGACCGACAAAUUGAUAUCGCUGAUUACAAAGCAGUUGAUUUUUCAGCAUAAUUUCCCAAUUGAUUUCAAUUUUACUAAUGCACCAAAAACAAAGAUAGACACUAUAUUACCACCAAGCAUACCACAUAACAAAUUGAUUUGCAGAAACAACUCCGAAUUGUUCUUUGCCCUGGGAAACCUUGUUAGAUGUUGUUCGAUAAACCCAGUAACAUCAAACUACAAGUUAUUGAAAACACCCCAUGCCGACUUUGAAGUUGUCUCGUUGGAAAUAAAUGAAUCAGGCACGUUUUUGGCAAUUGUUGGGGAUCUGGUAGUUGAUAUUGUUUCGUUACCUCCAGUGUUGAACACCAAACAAAAGGCGGUCUAUAUUGAAGAGGCAAGCUACAGAAUUAGCGAUGUUGGCAAAGUCAGGAAAGUGCUUUGGCAAUCGAUUGUUGCAAACGAUUCUAUGGUGGUGAUUUUAAAUGAAAAUUCAGAGGUUUUCGGUUUUGAAUUGAAGAAGUCGGUGAAAAUCCCAGCAAUAAAGAUUUCUUUUGAUGAAAAGAUCAACUCAGUCAGUUUUGGAUCACGAAGCAAAAUUAACGAUGGGUUGAAGUUGUACGCGUCAACGGAUGAUAAAGUCGUUAGUGUCGAUUUUUACAACGGUUCAACAAGAAUUGCCGUGUCGGAAUAUGCUAUCGAUGUUGCGAUUAGUGAUUCGCAGAAUACUAUUGAAAUAAUCAAGGACAAGUUUCCCGGGCAGUCAAAUCUACUCUCCCUGGCAGAGGCUCAAUUGAAAGUGUAUGAGUCCUUACGUGGCCAACUCCUGAAUAACUUGCGAGAGGUUAGAGCUUUGUACACUGAAAAUCCAUAUGAGUUGUUUACUGUUGAACUAAAGCUAUCGACUCCUGACUAUAAACCGCAAACAGUGGCACAAAUAGGGGCAGAUGACUUGGUGGCUUUUGGCGAUAAUGAACAGAUUGCCUUGUUAGCAACAAUCAAGAACGAUACCAUUUCAUAUUUUUCGAAUAUUAUUGGAUCUGGGCUAGUAAAGUAUGCGGAGCCGGAACAACUAACCUAUUCAAAGCCGAAAAGGGGGUUUGGGUUUGUCGACCCAUUCGAUGAGAUUAAUACUGAAAAGUUGUUUUGGCAACAAGACUUGAACUCGUUGGAGUUUUUACAAUCGGAGAAACUACCCUUCAAUGGUAAGGCAUACUUGAGGAAUUUAACCGGUUGUGAUAGUAAAUUUGUUGCAGUCGUUGACGGAAGCUUGGUUGUUGUUAAUUGUGAAUGGGUAAGUGAACUAUUAUCUGAUUUGGACAAUGACAGUGUUGACAGUGUAGAAAAGAUUAACCCGACGUAUAACCUCCUUUCGGCUGGAAAGGACCUUCAAGGGUUUGCAGUCAUAACAAAGUUCGAUCUGGAAGUGGGAGUCAUUGUGCGCGACAAUUUGGAAAUUGUGACAACUAAUGCCGACGACGUCGCCCCGAAAAAGGACGAAGAGAAAGAGCCAUUGAAGAUUGAUGACAAGCCAUUUGUGCCAUCGCUUGCUAUCUCGGCAGAACCAUUUACUGAAAUUGAGUCCAAUCUCAAGACAUUGGAAAAAUCAGUUUCUUUGAAAAAUGAGCCCAGUAUGAAACUCGAACCAACGGUUGAAGUGCUUGAGAAGCUAAACAAAGAUUCACUAGAAAUUAACCAGGCCGUGUUUGGCUAUUCUGUCUACGCCAUUAAGUUGCAGUCGAGGACCCUUGCCCAAUUGAAAUCACUAAAACUACAAGUGGAAACUAUAAAGAACCUAACCGAUGAUACACCAUACAACAAUGAAAUAGACGACAGAAUUAGCAAGAUAUUUCAAAAACAAGAAGAUCUUGACUCAAGGAUGAAGCACGUGCAAUCAAAGAUUAACGAACAAAUGUAUAAAAUCCAAAAUGUGCCUCUCUCAAAAGAAGAAAAAGAGUACUUUGAAGAGAUUAAUGCAUGGAACCAAACCACAGUGGACUUGAUUGAUCAAUUAAAGGUCUUUAGCGACGAAGUUGAAGAAUUCAAGAAUACUCAACCAGCAGAGGAGGAUCAAGAUGAGAAGGUUGUAUUGGAAAAUUUACAACUUCAAAACAGAGUCAAAAAGUUGCUUACGUGGUUGAAAUUCCAGGGAUCUGAGAUACACGAUUUGAUGGAAAGGGUUAGCAUUAAAACAUAA